AUGUGCUCUGAGGCCUCGGUGACUGGGACCGGUGUGGGAGUGGGAGUUCUGCUCACUGACUGCUGCCAUUUUACUUGCGUUUUAUUUGGAAAACGAAAAAACUCCACGGGCCAUGGGAAAUACCUGCUUCCGGGAGGGCAUCUGGAGUUCAGAUGUACACAACUGCAUAUUGGCAUUAAUGUAGUGACAGUCCUGGAGGCAUGUGCACAGCGAGAGGUUUUGGAGGAGGCAGGAGUCUGUUUAAAAUCAGUUAGUUUUGUUUUUGUGGUGAAUUCUGUGAAACUGGAGGAAAAUUAUCAUUAUGUCACGUUGUUCAUGAGAGGAGACGAGCCCAGGAACAUGGAGCCGGACAAGAAUGAGGGUAAACGUGCACAUGAGUGUCUAAAGACUCACUGCAGCCCCAGCAGCCGGAUCCAAAAUAAAGACAACCUGUAUGACGAUAGUGGCACCUAUGGCAACUUCUGGAGUAAGGUGCAUACUAUGAAGCUGGCUGGACAGUGA